AUGUGCAAGAAUCGGGAUUUAUUAAGACGACUGAACUGUUGUACUAAAUAUAUGGCUUGUAUUUUCUGGGCAGGCCUUAAUAUAGUCAUUGGAUUCAUUUUCAUUCCAUUUAUUAUGGAGUUCGCAAGGAAACAAAACCUGCCAAUCGCAGUUCUCGUAAUUGGUUGUAUUUGUGGAGCCAACUUUAUUUUAUCUGGUUCUUUGCUUUUAAUUGGAGUUUUGAAGGGUGUGCGCUGUCUGGUUUGCUCAUCUAUAAUUUUCAGCGGCAUAGGCGUAUUCUUUAUUCACUGGUUAAUCAUCCCUUUGAUGCUUUAUUUAGUUUUCUCUUUUGUUGUGUUUAGCUAUUAUCAAGUGGACAUGUCUCCUGAUGAUCGCUAUCGAGUACCGAGACGAUUUUCAUAA